CUGUGAAGGCUUGAUUGCAACUCGCCGUUUCGAUUGCUCUUUGUCGCCACAAGUGGGCAGUGAAACGGAUUGAACUCUCACCAUUACCGGAAAUGACGAAGAAGUUGACGUCCGUGUUGUUAGCUUAGCUUACUUGUGCUAACCAUUACUGUAACUUUAGCGUGUUUUAACACUAUUACAGUCGAAAUUGUUCCUGGUUUGCAAAUAAUUCCGACACGCAUUUUUUUUUACACAAUGUUAACUUAAAUGUGUUCUGCACUGGAAUGUAAUUCAGUUGAAUGCUGCUCGCAAACGUGAAAGACCUCCUGGCUAAAUAAGAGACAACUCUGUUUUCUUUUUAGUUUAGAGAUUUGUGCUGCUAUGUAGAGCUGCAGCUUGGCUGUCCUGUCCUCACUGUUUACAUCCCUGCCGUCGUUUCAAUGGGGAAAAGAAAAGAGAUGAUUCACCCCAGAUUUCUCGGUGAAGGCAGCUCCAGCCUGCACAGUGUUCACAAGCGGAAACACAAAAAACACAAGAAGCACAAAAGGAAGCACCACAGCUUCUCCGAGGCCCCGGAGCCCCAGCCCAUCAUGAUCCCUCGGCCUCCUCCACAGCUCCGACUCAAGAUCAAACUGGGAGGACAGACGCUGGGGACCAAGAGUGUUCCCACUUUCACUGUGCAUCCUGGUGUGGCUCGUCCUCCAUCUCCCUUGAUGAUUAUUCAUAAUAAUAUUGAUGAUGACGAUGACGACGAAGAUGAGGAUGAAGAUGAUGAUGAGCCCUCUGUCCCUCUGGAGCAGUAUCGGGCCUGGCUGGAUGAGGACAGCAACCUGGCCACAUCCCCUCUGCCAGACAUGGACUCGGACUCCAUGCCGGGUGUGCCUGUGGACGAGGAGGAGAGAUGGCUAGAUGCUCUGGAGAAGGGAGAGCUCGAUGACAACGGAGAGCUGAAGAAAGAGGUUGACGAGUCUUUGCUCACAGCCAGACAGAAAGCCCUGCUACACAAGCAGCAGAGUCAGCCUCUCCUGGAGCUCCCCAUGGGUUACAAGGAGAAAGAGAUGACCGCUGAGAUGAUGCAGAAGCGGGAGGAACGAGCCCGGAAGAGACGCCUGCAGGCCGCCAAGAAGGCAGAAGAGAACAAGAACCAGACGAUAGAGAGACUGACAAAAACGAGCAAGGCCAAAAUCAAGAGCAUGAAAGAGAGGAAGGCCAAGCUGAGUCAGUGUCCCAUGAUCCGCUACAGCGACUCCGCUCAGGGCAUGGCCAUCUCCUUCCCCACUGGGGUCCCCCCUCCAGCCUCGGUGCCUCCCCGUCCUCCACCAGCAGCGCCUGUGAACUGCGGGGUCAGUGGAUGCACCAACCUGAAGAAGUACUCCUGCUCCAAGACCGGGGUUCCUCUCUGCAGCCUCAACUGUUACAAAAGGAACCUGCUGCUUGUUCAGAGCGCAGCUUGAACUAUAACUACAAAUGGACGCAGUCGUAGUUUUGUUCAAACUAUUGUAGGAUGUCUCCAACCAAUCAAUGUGGUCGGAGAGGCUUACAGUACACGGAUGCCUGUAACUUCACAGAUGUGGGAAAUAUGAUUUGAACUUUAACAAAAAUCUCAGAAUCCAAAUACAAAAUGGAUUUACUUUUUAUCUAUUUACCAUCGGCUGUGUGUGUAAGCCUAUUUCUGCCAGUUAAAGAAAACAAAUGAUGCAAAUUUAGUCUUGAUUAAAAGAAAAAGAUAUCCCCAUGGUGAGUCAUGAUUAUGAGGAAAACAAAGAAAAUUCUGAGAAAAAAACUCACUUGAUAUAUGUUGCCUUUUUUUAUCUCAUAAUUUCAAUUUUAUCGGCUUUGAUCUUCUUAUUUUGACUUAACCAUGGGAAGAAUAAUUUUCUUUAAUCUCACUUUUUUAUUUUAUUUUUUAUUUUACUAGCAGAAUUGAGCCUCCACAGCUGUGUCAUAUUAAUGAUAAUGUUUUUUUUUUUCCUGCAGUCAUCACAAUUCACUCAUGUACAUUGUAAAAUGUUAAUGGUAUAAAAAUCUGUGUACCAGUCAAUCUUUAUGAAAUAUUUAUAAGUUGACAUACUAAAAAAUGUAUAUUUUUGUGUAAGUUUGGAGACAGAAUCAUUUCCACUGGCUUGGACUGUUUUUUGUUUUGUCAAUAAUGUAAAAAUUGUACUUAAGCGAUUGAUAAAGGUUGUCAAUGAGAAGCAAAUUUGUUUUUGAAGGAAUAAAAGAGAAACUGUUUUGUUUGAUUAA